GCAAGAACCGUCCUCCUCCGCUCGCACCUCAUCGGCAUGACACUCGGCUCACCUGUCGUCGUCGUCGUCGCCGUCGUGCCGUCGUAAACUCCGAAUCCUUCCCUUCGGCUCGCCGCGAUCGAUUUCUCGCUACCCCCCCCCCCCCCCCCCCCGGCUUUCUACCCCCUUUUUUUUUGUCCUUUCUUUUCGACCGAGAUCCCGCGAUCGAGUCAUCGAGCUCGUGUGAACAGUGAAAUAAUGUCGAUAGAUUGACCGUCGCCGGUGAACGAGGUGAGCGUCCCCCGGCGCUGCUCGACGAUCGAGGGGAGUCGAUCGAAAACGUGAUCUCUUGAUGAUCGACCCCGAAGAAUGGACACGAACGCGACGACGCUCGGCGGGGGCAGGAGCGCGAAGGGUUCCGACGCUGGUUUCACCCUCUGACGAGCUUGAUUCUCGAGUCGUUCAAUUUUUUCGAAACUUGAACAAUUGCCGAGGGAUAACGACCGCGACUUAGGGCUCGAAAGGGCCGGGAGAGACACGACUGACCUACAUUGACAAUACUGAGAGUACAGAAAGUUCAGCGAUCGCGUAACUUCGUCGAAUGCGCUUCCGCGAGGACAAUCUCGUGAGUGCGAGGCAAACGGUGGAACUCACAAACGUGAUUUACUUUUCGUCGUGAAAAUAAAAAUAUCGCGGAGGUGAGAGAGAGAGAGAGAGAGGAACUAUGCUGCGACGCGCCGUUUGUUGCUUCAUUUGAUACGAAAUAUCAACGGAGGCGACGGAAGCACGGCAAUACAAUCAAACAAGCUCCAACGGCAAAUAACAGCGGCGUUAAUCAACGGCGUUCCGGUUGUGACGAUCCGCUUAUAUAAACAAUAAACUAUGAUAUAAAAGCCUGAGAUAGGCGGCCCCGUGAAUUACCCCGCUGCCGCGUGUCAGGUGUUAAAUUAACUGUGGACAAGGGACUUGAUCUCUUCUGUGCUCCUGUGUGCCUGUGUGUGUGUCUCGCGUGUGCUGCGGUUCACUUUGUACACGGCGGAACGUUCGCAAUGAGAUCGGACGAGCCAACGGGGUUAAGCGUCGCUAAUUAUCUUAGAGCCGCCGUAUAAUUACCGUUAAUUAAUCAGCGCGACUCUUCACGCUUCCAGUCGGAUUCGAGCCGCGCGAGCUGUUGCCACACGCUUCCUGCCGUCGCGAGCUCAUACACGGAGACAAUGAGGUGGCUUUGGAUAAUUGUCCUGGUGGCUCUGGCGCUGCCGGCCGCUGUCCCACGAAAAAUUCACAGGAGUAAACCCACGCCACGACUGUACGGCGACAGAGUCCCUGUCAGUUUAAUAAGGACCACUAGCAGCAAGGUACGGCAAAAGAUCGUGGACACCCACAAUUACUUUCGCACGCAGGUCAAGCCAUCUGCCGCCAACAUGCUCGUCAUGAAAUGGCAUUCGGGUCUGGCAAAGGCAGCACAAAGGUGGGCAGAUCGCUGCCUCGGUUUGGUGCACGACAAUGCGACCGGCCUUUACCUGGACGGCUUUGGGCAGAGUGGACAAAACAUAUUCAUCAGUACGGGUCGUACACUCUGGAACUUUCCCAUCAGAAUGUGGUACAUGGAGUACAAGGACUUCAAGUACGGGCCCAAUACGACGAAUGAGAUCCUCGAGAUCGGCCAUUACACGCAGGUGGUGUGGGCGACGACACAUCUGGUCGGAUGCGGGGUGAGCCAUUGCACCGGCGGCACGGGUCCGCUCGGCAAGGAUUUCUACAUGUACGUUUGCAACUACGCUCCGAGCGGGAAUUACAAGGGCCGCCUGGGCUUGCCCUACGUGGCCGGGGAGCCGUGCAGCAUGUGCAAGGACCACUGCACGCGAGACAUGCUCUGCACGAACGCCUGCUACCAUACCGAUCUGUGGUCGAAUUGCGCCGAGCUGGUCAGGACGUUUGGCUCGUGGGUCUGCGAGACGGACACCAAGGAGGGCCACGAGCGCCGGAAGUUCUGCGGCGCCACGUGCAACUGCGAGGACAAGAUCUACUACCAUCACGAAGGGUAGGCGGGCUCCUUGACUUCCGCGUUUGGGUCCAUCAUGUUGCAUGAAUAAUUUAACCGCCCUGCAAAACUAAACUCAGACCUGGUGGGUGUGACAACGGCUAAACGGAUCGUUUAACGGGGGAUUGUGUUGUUUUAUUGAUGAGCUCGUUUGUUUAGUGAUGAGACCUGAAGGAACACUCGACGUUUCGAACUAAGGCAGAGAGAGAGAGAGAGAGAGAGAGCGAGAGCGAGAGAGAGAGAGAGAGAGAGAGAGAGAGAGAGAGAGAGAGAACGGACAGCGAGCAAACGGAAUAAUAUGGAAAUACGGUAGAUGAAGUGAUUGUGGAAUUUGUGUGCUAUCUGCGGAUCUCCGGGGCCUAGAUUUCGCGGAUUCUACAGAGAUUAUCCAAAGUCUAAUAGAUCAAUGAAAUCUGUGCCGCAACGAUCGAAUAAUUGCAAACUGCACGACGUAAUCUUCCGAUUUCCAGUUCCCAGAGAUUCCAAAAUAUGUCUCUUGUUGUAACAUAAUCCUCGAAUUUUAGGACGCUGAAUUUUACAAUUCUCGAAUGUGUUCCGGACCAUUUGAAACUUCAUGAAUCGAUGUAAAAUUCCGCGUCUAUCUUUUAUGAUUUCAGUAAAGCCGCAUUUUCCGCGGAAAAAUUUUACGCGAAGUAACCGAUAUAUUUACAAAAGUAUCAACCGCAUAUAAUUUUCAAUCGCUUUAAAUGUGCUGAAGCAAAUUUAAUUUAGUAAUUAGCUCAUUUAUGAUUUAUUUGUUCUUUUUUACAGUAAUAUAAAAAUUAAGAGAAACUUAAGAGAAAUGGAAUUGAAUUUAAUUUUUUAGAUAAGCGCGUCGUCUUGACAUCGAAACUAAAUUAUAUUAUAUUUUACGUUCAUACAUCUCACGUGUUGAAAUUUUCGUAAUCAGUGCACACAGAAGAGAAAACAAAGUUCUCAGGACUGGGUUUGAAAAGUUUUUAAUGUACUAUUAGUUUUUCGACAGUAAUUCUUUAAUCUGAUUGCUUUUUGUAAGGAUAGAGCUUUUAGUUAUGUAUAGAAUAAUUCCGAGCUACUAGUCUUUUAUAUAUCUACUGAAUACUUACAAAUGAAUAUAAUUUCGGAAAUUCAUUAAUUCAUUUUCAUGUUUUAUCAUUCGGAGUACAGUUCAAUUUUUUGUAUGCAUUAAAAAAAUAAAAGCUGACUCUACAUUCUAUUUUCGUUUGCAAUAUAUUUUUUGUAUUUUAUAUUUACACAAAGCACAAUUUAUUAGUUUGAUGUGAUUACUCGCAAAAUAUAACAUUUUUGACUUUAUAAAUAUGUACAUUGCAUAAAUUAUUCUAUAUCUAAUUAAUUAUAUCGGGGAAACACAUUUAAGCAGAUGAAAUAUUAAGCUGAUUUGAAUAUAUUUAAUUUGUGUAAUCGUGGACAUACCUUGUCAUAUGUUCCUCUCUUUUUUUUUGCCUAAAGCGAUAACAUAUUUGAAAAAAACAUCGUAAAAAUUGUAAAUAAAUCUGGUAAAUAACAUAUCGGAACUGACAAUUAUUAGACGAUAGACGUACUUUUAAUUUUAACUACUGUUAAGAGGAACAAUGUAAAAAAAUUAAACUAAGCUUCGAAGAGACGGUGUGUCGAUGUUUCUUGUCGUGAUGUAACGAUGGAACUUCCCUUUGUUAGCAGUUAACAAUAACGAUAACAGUUAUUUUUAUCUUAGAUUUAACAGCAGCUCGUGCUCACGCGCAGCGCGAUACCGGAUGAAAGCAGGUCGGAAUUGUAAAGUUAACUCUUUACCGCAUAAUUUCUCUUACAAUGAAGAAUAUAUUUUGGAUGAGCAAAACGCGGUGCAUUUAAUCUAGAGACACAAUUCUCUUUUUUCGCGCUGGGAUAUAAAGGUACAUAUCGCGCGCGACAAAAGUAUUACAUUAUCAACAUUAUCUAUGAUAAUGUAAUACGUUUAUUACGUAAAAGAGCCAAGUUACAAAUAAAAAUUUAUAACAACAAAAAUAUAAAAAAAAAAAGUAUUAGAAAAAUGCGUUUUUCUAAAAAUGUAAUAUUGCAAAUAUUAUGUAUAUAUAUAAAUGAUAUCUAUUUGAUUUCUGUAAAAAGUGAUAUGUUUAACAUAGCGUCUCGUACGGUUUUGAUGGAAAACCAUUGUUGUUAUUUUUAUAGAAACUGACAAAUUGAUAUUGUGAAAUAUAUAUCGCAACGAUGCGGUAAAGAGUUAAUUAUAAGAUAAGUAAUCAUAAGAUACACAAUCAAUAAUAUGGGCCGAGCAUACAGCACGUGUGACGAAUGGCGAGCGUGAUUGAUGAUAACGUUAGGUACUUGAUUGUCGGUAAUUAAGAAGUUCGCUAAAGAGAUAUAACAGUGAAUGUAACGGUACAGAUCCAAAUAAAAUGUUAAAACUGUAAUACUUUUUUGUCCACUUGCAUAAUAAAUAUAUCCUGUAAAUAUUACA